UGGUACGAUGUUCUUUAUUUGUCCCCCUACUUUGUUUAACAUAUACAUAUACUGAUUUGUGUAAACAAUACUGAUACGGAUCAGCAAUGGAAAAAAAAUGAGGUAUCCAAUAAAGGCAUAUUUAAAAGCAAAAGCAAAUAUUUCGAAUGUUGCAAAUUGAUGAUGAUGAUGCUGAGGAUGUUUGCAAUUCUAUUGUUAGGUCUUGUGUCUUCUCUUUCCUAUACACAUUGUCAUGAUUCUAAACGACACGGAGUAGUAGGUCAACAAAUUGACCGCAUCCUAACACCACCAGAAGUGGUCCCACAACCCUAUAUUGUCAUGGAGAAACAUAUUCAAAGUGCUAAUUCAAAUGGAAAAAUUAAUUUAACUACCCCAGCAUCAACAAAUGCAACGGUUCCGAAAAAUAAACCUUUAGUGAGAGCUGUAGGAUCAGGACAUGCACCAGCUAGGAAAACUAGGUCUAAAGUGCAAGCUGUAGGAUCAGCAAAUGCACCGGCUAGGAAAAAUAAACCUUCACCGAGACGAAAACAACGUCCAGUUGUUGAGCUAUCUGGACCUAAUGUCCACCCUGCAGCGCCAACUCAUGCUCCGGUUAAACCAGCUGCACCUCAUGCCCAUCCUGGAGGACCAACUCCUGCUCCGGCGAAACCGACUCCAGCCCAUGUCCACCCUGCUGCACCAACUCAUGCUCCGGCGAAACCAACUCCAGCUCAUGUCCACCCUGCAGGACCAACUCCUGCUCCGGCGAAACCGACUCCAGCCCAUGUCCACCCUGGAGGACCAACUCCUGCUCCGGCGAAGCCCACUCCAGCUCAUGUCCACCCUGCAGGACCAACUCCUGCUCCGGCGAAACCAACUCCAGCUCAUGUCCACCCUGCACCACCAACACCUGCUCCAGCUAUGCCAACAGGACCUCAUGUUCAACCUGACGUACCAACUCAUGCUCCGGUGAAACCAGCUGCACCUCAUGCCCGUCCUGCUAACUCAACAUCAGAACCACAUGUUGUAGUUCAUAAUAUUACAGUUCCAGAAAAGGAUCAGCAACACCAUCCAGGAGGACCUAUGGAAGGACCUGAUGGAAAAGGUCAUGAUGAUCGUUCAAAAGAGAUACAACCGGAGAAGGGUGAUCAUCGUUCAAUCUGGAAAAGAAUGUGUGAUGACUUCUUCGAACUUUUUGCUGAAGAAGAAUUCCAUCCAGUAAAGCACAAGGGUUAUCUGUACAACUUCUGGUAUCUAUUCCGACAAAGAUUCUUGAAUAUUAAAAAUAUUAAGCUAUUGGCCUUUGGAAAAUAACUUGAAAUGUCAUCAAUUUGACAGAAUAAAUGUAAUAAUGAACUUAGUGAAACAAAAUGAUACAGUAUGAUGUUAACUAAGUAAUCGAUUUAUUUUCAUACGGUGAAAUUAAAAAAUGAAAAGAAAAGAAAAUGGUAUU